GCUCUAGCUUAUAUAAUGCUUAUGACCGAAAUGAGGUAAAAGAUAAAUUAGUAUUCAAAAUUGACCAAGAUGGUUAUCAUGCCUCCAAAUUUUCUGUUGCUAACGACAUUUCUGAAGUUUAUGGCUUAUCUGGGAUUCAUGAAUAUAUUAAUGGUCAAAAAGCUUUAAGAGCUAUAAUUGAUAUAGAUACUUUAGCCUUGUAUCGAAUUCUUAAUUAUAACUGGAAAGAUAUUCUCAAUGGUUUAGUAAUCACUACAUCAUCAGAUCCUAGCAAGUGUAGCUACCAUAUUUUAUACGCACUAGUUCUUCUUAUUAAUCAUCACGAACUCAAAGCAUUUACUAAAUUAGUAUAUACCAUAACUGAUCAGGAUGUAUUGCAAAAAUGUGCAAAACUUGUUUUGCAAAAUCAUUCUAAUUAUCUUAGGGAUUGUACUAUUGAAGAAAAGGACUUAAAAAACUUCGUAUAUUUCAACCAGAAAGGUCCACUAGAAUGCCUACUAUGUAAACGUAUGCAUGACAAAGAUCAGGUGUGGUUCAAUGAUAUAUAUGUUAGCAGUGGAACAUUCAUUGUAAAAUGCUUUCAGCAAGAUAUUGAUAAACCUGGAGAAGUUUUUGAAUGUGACUCAUCUAUCACAGAAAAAAUUAGACAAGAAAAUAAAAAUUUUUCACAAUUAUCUCACAAGGUAAAAGUUUUCAAUUUUCCUAAAGCUUUCGUAAAAUUUUCAUCUUGGAUCAAGUAUAAUAAACCCCUUACAGCAACAGAAAUAUAUGAGAAGAGGUAUAUAAAACUAUUAUCUAAUGAAAGUGAUAUUUAUGUUAGAUCACCUUGGAAAACAGGAAAAACAUAUAUUCUUGAAAAUCUGGCUAUUUCUGAUGAUGUAAAUUUGCUUAUAUUAUCUAUGCGUCACUCUUACUCAAAUAUUAUUAUUACAAGACUUAAUUUUAAAUCAUAUUGUGAUAUUGAUGGUAAUAUAAAUCUACCUGAUUAUAAGAGGGUAGUGUGUCAGAUAGAGAGUCUACAUCGUAUUAUCAAUAAUUGCAAAUAUGAUAAAAAGUGUAAAAGUUCUCUGAGUCAAUAUGAUUUAUGGCUUGAUGAAAUAGUAUCUAUAAUUGCUCAAGCAUAA